AUGAACAAAUUUACGGCAACCCCACUACACGAUAUCCCAUCCGUAGUAAAGUCUCUACAAACAACAUUUAAGCUUGGGAAGACGAGAGAUAUUGCCUUCAGAAAGAACCAACUAAAGCAGUUCUGGAAGCUCAUUGAUGAGAAUGAAGUAGAGCUGCAACAAUGCUUGUUUCAAGAUCUGGGAAAGCCUGUCAUUGAGGCUCAAGUAAUGGAGUUGAUGUCUAUCAAAAAUGAAAUUGUCCACACGUUAACGAAUAUGGACACCUGGCUAGCUUCCGAAUGCGCUCCGGAUAUUCCCCUCGAGUAUAAAAAUUUCUCCCCUACCAUACACAAACAACCAUUGGGUGCUUGUUUAGUCAUUGGAGCCUGGAACUAUCCCUUUGUUCUAGUAGCAGCCCCAUUUCUUGCAGUUAUCGCUGCUGGGAAUACUGGAAUUAUGAAGCCAAGUGAACUUGCGCCUGCCACUGCAAUGGCACUCGCCAACUUAGUACCACGUUAUCUCGAUCAAAGUUGCUAUCGUGUUAUUAAUGGCGGAGAACCAGUGGUAACAGCACUUUUGAAAGAGAAGUUUGGGCAUAUCUGCUAUACAGGAGGCGCAAAUGUCGGCCGCAUUGUUUUGCAUGCGGCUGCACAGCAUCUCACACCUGUUACCUUGGAGUUGGGAGGAAAGAGUCCCGUGAUCGUCACAAAAAGCGCAGAUAUCAUGGUAGCAGCUACAAGAAUUGUAUAUGGCAGAUUCGCAUGUGCAGGGCAAACAUGUGUCGCGCCGGAUUACGCAAUGGUUGAGGAGUGCGUGAAAGAUGAAUUUCUAAACGCAUUGCAGCAAGUCAUCAGACGUUUCUAUCAAGGAAAGCCGCAAGCCGAAGGCAAAAUGGGAAGAAUGGUAAACUUACGGCAUUGGGAACGUGUUACCGACCUUCUCAAAAGAACAAGAGGCAACAUCAUAGCUGGAGGUCAUGGGGACGAAAAAACACUCUUCAUCGAGCCGACAGUUGUCAGUAAUGUAUCCCUGGAUGAUGCUCUAAUGUCAGAUGAGAUAUUUGGACCCAUUCUUCCAGUAAUCUCAUUUUCGUCACUUGAAGAGGCAUGCGACCUCGUCUCUCAGAUUUUAGAGGAUCCAUUAGGUCUCUAUUUAAUGACGGAAGACUCUAACGAGGUGGAGUACGUUCUGCGAAAUACGAGAUCCGGGGGAGUUGCCAUCAAUGAUACGAUGACACAGAUUGCCGUUCCUAAUCUACCGUUUGGUGGUGUAGGUAGAAGUGGAAUAGGAGCGUACCGCGGCCAGGCUGGUUUUGACUCUUGUAGUCAUAGAAAAAGUGUUGUUUCAGUUCCUUCAGGUGCAGAAGAUAGUCUCCAGUGGCGAUACCCUACUGGUGUAGAUGCUGAGAAACUGGCGUGGAUUCAAAACACACUGGAAGCAAAGCCAUAA